AGUUUUCUCCACUGAUCAUAAUGAAACCCACAAGUAACAUUGUUAUGCAAACCCUCGCUGAGAAACAGAACUCCUCUUAGCAAACAGACCAGGCUGCUGAAGUGAGAUACCCAUGGACUGUAUCAUUGCAGGAACCAGUUUUUCUGCCUGUAUCAAAGUAUUGGAGAGCUUUGGGGAAUCAAGAUACAAAAUGGAGAAGACAAACAAGAACACAGAGCGGAAAGGGGGAGCAGCAGGGAAGAAAAAUUGCUAAGAAGGGAAAGAAAAACUGACACACACACCCCAAAACAGAAGAAUUUCUGUUUUCACAAGGGAACUUUUAGUUCUCUAAGGAUUUUACAGGAAUAACACUAGUCUGGAUGUCAGGGUAGAUGUGAAGUCACUCAUGGCAAAAUUUAACACAGGCAGCAACCCCACAGAGGAUGUUUCUGGUAACAGCCAUCCCUUCAAAGUCUCUGGACAACCUAUCCAUACAGGAUUACAGACAAGGAAAGCAGCAUUUGAGAAAUUUGCAAGCCAAGGAAAUGCAACUUCUUCAGGACCCAGUACUUUUCACAGACCUGUUCAUCCUAAGCCUCCUCAGGCAGUCAAGCCUUCAAUUGAUGAUAGAACAGAGAAGGAUCCAAAGUCCCCAUAUUUGAAACCAGUGGCACAAAGGUUUGGAGUUCAGCUUCAGGCAACUAACAGAGAAAAUUAUGAAAAAGCUGGAUGCACUAAACUCACCACCAAAACCAGUGACUUGGCAAAGGAAGAGCCAGUGCCUCUGUAUCCAAAACUUGCUCAGAACAGGUUCCUUAACUCUGCUCCUUAUGAGAAAGAAAAAAGCGCUCUGGGAACAAAACCAAAUCCAAAUUUUGCGCCACAGGAGAGCGAGGCAAAACCAGCAUUUUCAAAAGUAACUGGAGUUAAGGAAAAGUUCUUGUCUGCAACACAAGAAAAUGAGCCCAAGUCGUCUUUCUCUAAACCACCUCUUGCACAGAAACCUUCUCUAAACCGUGAUGUCUCCCACAAUGAAGACACUUCUAAUAAAAAUGUUUUUCUGCAAAAACAACUAUCAGGCCCUAGACAAAAUAUACACUCAUUUAAAGCAACGAAGGAAGUGGGUGAAAAUAGUAACUGUUCUGCAGAAGCUUCAGGCAGUCAUUUUUCUAAUAAAGCUCUGAAGCCUACUGAUCACUGUUCUGGUGCAUCUGAAGGAACCCCCAAAUAUAUGGAGAAAAAGACUGAAGAAAAGGGAAUGAGUGCUGCCAAGAACAUCUUUCUCAGCAAAAUCACCCAGGAAGAGUCAGGUUCCUCUUCUAAGUUCCAUAAGACAAACACAGUAUUUGCUGAAGAAAGGCUAUCGGGUCCAUCACAAGAGAAAGAGGAUGGGGACAGGAGCUUAGGAAAACCCAAGCAGAAACCCUUGCCCCCGCUGUUCAAGCUGGGCCAGCCCCCGCAGAAGCCCAGCAGACCCCCAAGCGUGGACCUAGAAAGGUUUCGGAAGAGCAGCCUAAAAGACAUCCGUGUUGAGGUUCUGUUCUGCAGCAGACUAUAUACCCACGCAGUGACAUGGCUAUCUGAGUUGGUCCCUAGAAAUGAAGGUUUGAAACAGACAGUAUCUCCCUCAGCAGCACUUUCCCUGCCUGUACCUCCACCACACCCUGCUAUGCAGUUGCCAUCGCCUCCAUCAGCCUCUCACCCAUCUCUGCAGGCAGAAGCAGCUCCUAACCUGCCUCCAAGAAACAUCAAGCCCAGCUUUGAAACAGUAAGUCCAGAAAAUGAAGAAAAUUAUGAUGAUGUUGAAUUUGUUUCACAGGGUCAUCAAAACACAGAGGGGGGCCAAGAAAGUGAUGGUGAGAUGUAUGAAGACAUAAAUGACAUCAGAUCAUCAAGGGAAAAAGAGAAGAAGUGGGACAAGGAAGAAAAGAGAAGAGUGGACCAAGAGAAGAAGGAACAAAAGGAAAAAGAAAAGAAAGAGCAGGAAAUAAGGAAGAAGUUCAAAUUAACAGGACCCAUCCAAGUCCUUCAUCAGGCACGAGCUUGUGCUGACCACAAGGGAGGGAAGAAUGAGCUGACUGUCAAACAGGGGGAUGAGAUUGAAAUAAUUCGCCUGACGGACAACCCAGAAGGAAAGUGGCUGGGCAGGAUAAAAGGAUGUUAUGGAUACAUUAAAACAACCAUGGUGGAGAUUGAUUAUGAUUCUUUAAGAAGAAAGCAACAACAGUCUACCACAGCUUCUGUGAAAUGUCCAGAGAGUGACCAAGAAGUGUAUGAUGAUGUUGGAGAGCAGGACAGUAUUAGCAAUAACAGUGCUGGCCAAAGUGGAUCUGGAAGUAUGUUCCCACCUCCUCCUUCUGAUAAAGAUAUUUAUGAUGGGAUUAAUGACGAAGAUGCUGCAACCAGGUCUGUAUCGCAGGAUGAAGAUAAGAACGGUAUCUGGUCCUGGGGAAUCUUGAAGAGGCUAAAAGUCAAAGAUGACAAAAAGAAAAGUGUACGAGAAAAACCAACCAAAGUCAAUGUGGCAGAAGAUAAUGGAAAUUUGUUCAUGCCUCCUUCAACAAAGCAGUUUGGAAAAGAUUGUGGAGACAAUGAUGUUUAUGAUGACGUAGAUCCUUCAGACUUCUCUCCUCCCCUGCCUGACCUCAAGCAAAAGAAAAUGGCAAUCUCUCCCCUGAUUAGAAAUCUUUCAUCAAAAUCAGCAAGGCUUGUAAAACACAAAUCAGAUGAAAAAGAUGCACAAAAGUUUAAAAAUAUGGAAAGAGAAGAGAAACAGUUCAGAAAAAAGUUCAAAUUUGAAGGUGAAAUUAAAGUCAUGUACUCUACCACAGCAGUCCAGGAUUUGCCCCAGAGAAGAUGGGGAUCUAAAGACUUACAAGUUAAACCAGGGGAGUCUCUUGAAAUUAUAGAAAGUACAGAUGAUACCAAGGUCCUGUGCAGGAAUGGAGAAGGAAAAUAUGGCUAUGUUCUGAGAAGUGAUUUAGUUCAGAAUGAUGGAGAGAUUUACGAUGAUAUUGGUGAUGAUUGCAUCUAUGAUAAUGACUGAGGCAGAAUUUUAUUCAAGUAAGAGGUUCAUUGAAGAUCAAAAUCUAUUCAGAGUUGCUAAUUGUGAAAGCAAGAGAAGUCACUAAAGCUGAUUACAAGUUAACUCAGUUACACUCUUACAAAUGUACAAUUAAUCUUUUUUUAGGAUUUCAGGGUUCUUGCAUUCCUUGCUUUGUAUGACAUUUGAAUUGCCAUUUAUCUGAGCAAUUAAAAUUCAGGGAAUAUGAGCUAAAGUUAAGGUUACCAUAUUCCACUUUCUUUCCACAUUUAUGAUAGUCCAUGUAAAAACACUUCUUCAACUAGCUAUACCCAGAGAGGCUAGUUCAGGUCUAUGAAGUAUACAGAUGACAAUAAGCCCUGGGAACAGGUUUUACUUUGGCUCUGGUCUAUUAAACACCAGAGACUCCCACUCUGGGAAGGACAGUAUCCUGAAAAGAAAUGCUUCCUUUAGUGAUAACAUCCUGUUGUGAAAACAGGAAAUCAAAAGUGGGCAUCAGAGAAGACAAUACAUUGCUGACCUGCCAUUCCAACUGCAAUAGUGUUAGCUACACUGACAUGUACAGCCAUGUACCAUCAUUGCUCAAGUUGCUUUUUCUGUGUUGUACUAAUGAUAAAAUAUCAUUCUCUAAGGUUCAUUUGACCAUUCUGUAAGUACUUUUUGACUAACAGUAAAUUAGUAACAAUGCUACCUGUCUUACAUACAGCACUCUGAGAUAUAAACCAUAGAACGGCAUAGUAUAGGCUAUAGAUUAUAGUAUAGCAUUGCUCAAAAUAUAUUCAGAACAUUUAGGUUAAGAUUUAGUUCCUGUUUAGUUUGAAGAUAUGUUGCUGUUGCCACUAUAGUCAUUAACAUGGACCUAUAAACUGAUGAUUGAUUGGAAAUAAUUUAUAGAUUAAAUAUGUAUUUUGAUAAUACCUUUUCAUCUAGGUACUAUAUUUUAGACUUGGCUGAAUAAGAGAAUAGAAACAACAUUUAUUCCUAAGAAUCAUUAUGAUUCUCUGAAUGAGCAAGUAGCAAACUAAAGUAAAAUGAACAAUGAAUCAUAACAAUAAAUAUCACUUUGCACUUACCUAUCCAAACUCUCUGGAAAUCAAAAGACAGUUACAGUGAACUCCUAGUAAAGAGGGUGAGCAUGCACAGAAAAUGGAACGUAUACUUUUAAUGUGUGAUGCUUUCUCUGUAGUGCAAGAUAAUCAAAAACCUGUAAUAACCAAUGUGGCUGGAUCAGUGUAAGCAACUCCUCCUGAUAAUCAAGGCUCCUAUAAUCCUCAAGGGAAGUAAAGCAUACUGUGCAAACCAGUGCAAUGUAGCAAACUAGCAAGUUUAGCUUAUAAACACAAAAUUUUUGUCUCUGUUGAAGUCAGUGAGUUUUGGUCUUAUCUUCAGUGGUGCUGAGAUUUCAUCUUACACAAGUGCCUUUUACUGACCGUUCAAAAUACAGUAAAUCUUGAAGGAGGUAUAAUGCUAUGGGGAUAUCAAACUUAAAAUUAACUGUUGAGAUAGUAGCCUAUAAGCUGUUUUAUACUGUAUUUAAAAUCACUUAUAAUACACUGAAAAGCUACAUGUAAACUUGCGAUUCCUGUUCUAUAUUUGCUACUCAAACCAGCAUCCAGGCAUAGAAAUACCAAUUUUCUGUGUAAACAUCAGCACCAGCACCCAAAUUUUAAAAAUUACCUUAUUAUAUUGAGUGCAAUAAUGCAUUUGGUUAUUUGACUAUAUUGCUGCUGGUGGUUUAUUUAUUUUUUAAGGGCAUUCAAGAGGGUAUCCUCAUCAAAGUAGUAAUACACCAAAGAACUGAGAAGGAAAGCAGACAUUUAGAGAUACACAACCACUUAUUAGUUUUACACAGUUAGUUGUUGCAAAACACUCUGUGUUAAACUCUAGCAUAUAUGCCCAGUCUUGGUUUAGUUUUAACUGAUAGUAAAUUUCACAUGUUGCACUAAGACCAACAAAGAAACUUCCCUUCUGAGUAUAGUUUAACUAUCUUGUGUUAAACGACUUCAGUAGAAUACAAACCUCUUUUGUCCCCCUGAUAAAGAAGUAAACUAUUCUUUGUGAGAUUUUUCAGUCACAUAUUUUUAAUAGCUUUUAAUGUUCUUAGCCUUGAUGUGCUGUAGGUACUGUGUUUCCUUACUGAAUAUAUUGACUGAAUUUGUCAUACGAUACAUCAAAUAAUGAAAAGAAAUAAUCAUAAGAUUCUUUAAGCUAAAAAUCUGUGUAUUGUUUAUGCAGAUCAAAUAUCAUGUGGUUGUUACAGGGUGUAUAAAUGUAUUUAAAAGGUACUAUGCACUGAAAAAUUACUGUAUUGUAUAUUUUUUUCUUUUCAUUAUUUUACCAACUUUGUUAACUGGAUCCAUUUCUUUUUCUCUCUUCUGAAUAAAAAUGUGCUUUUUGACAAGAAA